AUGGCUGUGGUUCCCUUACCAGGAUGUGAACAUUGUUUAGGAAUCCAAAUGAAAGCGAUGGGCUCCCUGGCAAGAGCAGCCAACCAGACCUAUUCGACGACAUCCGAGCUGAAUGCUACGGCACCAGGACUCAACGAACGUGCAGACGACGAUACGAAGGCCCAGGUCAUGCAAACAAUUCUAUGGGUUCUUGUUGCUCUAUCAGCAUUGUUUCUGGGAUUAAGGAUAUACUGCAAGUUGAUCUAUUCAUAUACGAAGAUCAGGUUUGAGGAUAUACUUCUCUUUGCGUCUUGGGUGAUUCUUGUAGCAGAUGCUUCUCUGACCGAAUUUUUAAUCAAAUCUCGAUUUGGCCGACCUGGGUUUCCCAUCAACGCUCACAAUAUAUCAAUCCUCGCAAUCGUCGGCCUGGCUUCACUCACCUGCUCGUUCGUCGGCCAGGUUUGGAGCAAGACAGCAUUCGCUAUAUCAAUUUUACGUAUGUGUGAUGGUUGGAAGAAAGCCUUCGUUUGGUUCGCGAUCAUCUCCAUGAAUAUUCUAUUCGCCUUCUCCGCCUCGUCAUUCUGGAUCGGGUGCGUUCCUCUCAAGAAGAGAUGGGAUCUAUUCAGUGAUGGAACUUGUUACGACCUAAAAUGGGUGGUGUCAUUCGGCAUUUUCGUUAGCGUAUAUUCUGGUGUGCUCGAUAUCGUCCUGGCCGUCAUUCCCUGGUUGAUUCUUGUGCGGCCCACGCCGGCCGAAGCAUCGUCAGGUCUAAAACUGAGCCAGAAGGAAAAGAUUGGUGUCUCAGUGGCACUGAGUAUGGGAGUUCUCGCCGGAAUUGCAGCCUUCAUCAAAGCGUCCUACAUGAAGUCGGUUAAUGACGCAGCGGGCGACUUUUCUCGUAUUUAA